CUUUGAACACUGACGUCACGUAAUGGAGGAAAGUGGGAAGUAGAUUGAACACUACCCAAUAAGAAUUACAUUUGUGACACACCGGAAACAAUUUAGCAGCUGGAAUCAUGGCAUCAUAUGGUAGAGGAUCGUUUGAUGGGUUCUCCGGUUACCAAGGCGGAAGCUCUGGAGGGUACCAGGGUAGGGGAGCUGAUGGAGCCAGUGACCAUACAAGACUUGCUCAGAGUGUUGGUAACAAUAUUCAGAAAAUUACACAAAAUGUUGCCCAGAUUCAGAGGUUUGUUGCCCAGAUUGGAACAAGGGACGACUCAGAUGACAUCAGGAACAGAGUGCAUCAGACGACCCACUACACGAACCAGCUGGCCAAGGAGACCAACACCCAUCUGCAGGAACUGGCUCAUCUACCUGCCCCAAGCAACCCAUCAGAACAGAGACAGUUUAAGAUGCAAAAGGAGCGUCUGACGGAGGAGUUCAGCAACGCACUGAAGAACUUCCAGACUGCCCAGCGCACGGCCGCGGAGAAGGAAAAGGCCAGCAUGGCACGGGCGCGAGCACAUUCCGGAACAGCAUCCAUGAAGUCUCCAUUUGAUGACUUCCCAUCACCAACAGAGGAUCAGAGUAUGGCUCCGGGCUUCUCUCAAACCAAAGCUGUGCUGCAGAUGGAGCAGGAUGUGGAUCUGGAUCUGCUGAGGGAGAGGGAGGAUGCCAUCAAGAAACUAGAGCACGACAUCAUGGAUGUAAAUCAGAUCUUCAAAGACCUGGGCAUGUUGGUACACGAACAAGGAGAGGUUCUGGACAGCAUAGAAGCCAACAUUGAGCAGACCCAGAUCCAUGUCGAGGAGGGGACACAACAGCUGGCUAAAGCCUCCACGUACCAGUCCAAAGCCCGAAGAAAAAAGUGCUGUAUUGCUGUUAUUGUUGUUGUGAUAUUAGUUGUUGUCGGUAUUAUCAUCGCCGUAGCUGUCCCAAAAAAUUAAAUAAUAUGAAAUAUGUGCAGAGAAAAUCAAGACGGAAAACCUGUAUAAUCGUUAUCAUCCUCGCCAUAGUGAUUACCAUCCUGGCCCUCAUCAUCUGGGGUGCCUCUAGGAACUGAUGACAUCUGUCAAUCAAGCUGUCAACCACCAAAAAUUAGCCCCACCCACCUGAGGUGUUGUUUAAGCAGUUGCCAUGGUAACCUGUGGACAUGCAUUUACUCCACAGAGCACAGAUGACCUACUUACCCACAUCUACCGCAGCAUCGCAGCAUCGUCGUGUAGGCUUUGUGACCUUGGUGACCUCCCCUUGUGACCUUGGUGACAUUUGCCUUGUUAAGGACGGAACAUGAUUAAGUGACUGGAGAUGUGAUCUAGCAGUCAUUUGACAAUUAACUGUCAUUCUUGUUUUAUCUACAAUGACAAUUGCAUAUGGUCAUGCUGUUAAUCCAUUCCAAAGUCUCUUCAGUAGAAUAUCGUUGUUACCAGUAACGUUACCUUUCAUAUCAGAGGUUUUCUCAUUAAGUUGUAAAUAUGUUACAAAAUUCAGCUACUAAAAAUCUUCCUUUAUGAUGGUGAAAAAGGACUCUCACUGAGCUAGAAUGUCGGCAAUAAUGUGUCAUACAAAUGCUGUUUAACUGAGAGGUUCCGGUUUACAACUCAGUAUCACCUGUAGGUGUCUUGUACAAUAUUUAUCAAGUCUAUCGAAGAAUGAUUAUUAAUAAUUGUCACAUGUAAGUAUCUUGUACAAUUCUUGUCAAAUCUAUCAAAGAAUGUUUAUUAAUAAUUGUCACAUGUAAGUUUCUUGUACAAUUUAUAAGAAAUCAAUUGAAGAAUGUUUAUUAGAAAUUGUCACACGUAAGUGUCUUGUACAAUUUAUAAGAAAUCAAUUGAAGAAUGUUUAUUAGGAAUUGUCACAUGAACACCAAUUCUCCCCAUCUGGAAUUCAGGGCGGGUCCUUCUACCAGAAAGUGAAUUCAUACAGCAAACCCCCUCAAAUCUUUCCAGAAUAAUCCACAGAAUAUUGUAUGCUGGAACUCAUUGGAAAAUGUCUUGUCUCCCUCGUGUGAUAUUGCUGAAAAUGCAAACGCAAAUUUAUGUUGUGAAUAGGUCCCCAGUAGGUUGUGCUUGUCAUAACUGAAGAAGUGAACAGUGGGGAUUGCAGGUAAGAAUCGCUUCCCAGCAACCUAUGCUGGUCACAAGAGAAACGAAAAUGAUUGGGUGGUCAGACACGGUGAUUGGUCGAUAGCAUAUCAUCCUGCCCCUGGUUCAUUGUUUACACAAUCAAUCACAGUCUGGUCAAGACUUGAUUAUUUGUAGGCUGCCAUAUAUUGCUGGAAUAUUGCUGAAUGCAGCAUCACAAACCAAUAGGUGACUGAAUGGGUCAGAUGGUCAGGCUCGGUGAAUUCAAUCACAGCUUUGGGCUCAUAUUAUCGAUCACUUUAGUUACGGGAGGCCAAGAUAUUCCUGGGUUAUUGCUGCCUGCUACAUUAAGCAACAAACAUAUUUUGUGACAAUGGUUUGCUUUCUGGAGGAAGGUCCUGUUCCUAGGUAGCCCUCACUAGUUUUGUCAUCUUGUACUUUAGCAUGCAAGUGCUUUGUUGAGAAACAGUGGUACUGGCACAAUAAUGUGAAUCUGUUUUUCUGUAGGAUAUUAACAUGCAGUUUUUGUAGAUGAAACUACCAGUUUAGAAGAUAGUCCUUCAACUAUUGAAAGAUAAACUGCGUGAACUUGGGACAAAACAUUUAAAAAUAUUACCCCUAAAAUGUUCACCAAUGUGACAGAAUUGUCGGUAAAGAUGGACUAGUGAAUAGCUGACUGUAUCCCAGCUGUGAAUGUAUAGACAGUGUCUGCCUGUGAUAGUUUUUUAUGCAUUAACAUUUCAAAGUUGACAUGAAAAUAUUGUUUAUUUCUCUAAAAAGUAAAUUUAUUUAUUUAUAUAUUAUGAGUUUAGUGCAAUCAUUAAGUCUGGUACAUUAUUUCAAUGUCAAGACAACAAUUAUAUUUUGUGUGUGUCUUUUUUAAUUUGAAAGUAGCACGACAAUGAGACCUUUAGCUACAAAAGAGUUUGCGUAUCCGAUACGUUCAGUGGGAAUAAUGACUGAGUGGCUUGGCAUAACUUGAAGGGACCAAAUGUUUGAUACUAACUUUUACAGAAUAUUUUUAGAAAUUGAACCAAGGUCACUCAGUAUACAGGGACUUGAAUACAUCAUGACCAUAUUUCCUAACAAAUUGUGCUUGCUAAUAGUAUAACUGUUGUCAACAAUGAUUUUGCAAAAUAAAGUUAUACCAAAUAAAAUGAUGAGGCAAUCGCCCACAGAUCCCAGUAGGUCAUCUUUCUACCCAGUGUUCAAUGUAUUCUUGGCAGGAAGUAUUUUCUAUAUUGUUUUUAUGUUUUACCAUUAUUUGGUUGAGCGCUGAAAGAAUACAAGUUCUGUCGAGAUGCCUAACACAGUUACUAGUGGACAGCAAGCACCUGUUCCUUGACAGGUCCAGUUAAUGUAUAUUUCUCUUAUACAUAACAGAACCACUAGCAUAGCGUGAUCAGAGUGCUGACACUGUUUUGUUUCCUAUGCUGUAGCAUAGACGAGCAAUAGUUGUAGCACUGAGAUCGAUUUGUGCAAGUGUGUCCAAAAUUGCUAGAACCACGCUCACGACUACAACAAAUAACGCACUAUUUUGAAGAUGGGUUAUGAACAAAGUGUUUGGUUGAUUCUUUUUCCACAUUCACAAGUUUGAAAAUCUCAUUACACGCUCACCUUCCCCAUGUUAAAACUGCAGGUUGUGAAUGUUUCUUUUUGUUGAUAGACAAUUAAGCAAGUGACUGGCUUUUGAUAGUAAAUAAGCAAAAAGAGACAUUUAGUUCUAUUCCAAUGUGGGAAAGACAAUAUUCAGAGAAUGCACAUCACUUUACUAAAUCAUUGUGAAAAUCUAUUGUUAUGAGUUAUGUCCCAUUGCAUGGUCAAGAUGACCAGAUUGACUCACCUGUGCAAAGGUGCUUAGGUUAUAGGGCACUGGUUUGUGUAAGUAGAAGAGCUCAGAAGGUGUGUUUACCUGUUGGUGUAUUAGACUGUUUUGGUUAUAUUAUAAAGUUUCUGUAUUAUGCAAUAUCCGAUAUAUACCACUUUUAUAUUAUGUUUUUACCAAAUGCUGAAUUUGUCUGCUGUCACCUGUUACAAGUUCACUUUAGUUUCCUCUUGUUUCAAGUGCUACAUUUUUUUUGGGUUAUGUCGCAUUCAGUGGUCUGUACCUGUGUAUAUUCUUUAAAAGCUGCAGUUUGUGUGUAUAUUCCUUAAAAGCUGCAGUUUGUGUGUAUAUUCCUUGAAAGCUGCAGUUUGUAUACGAUAGAGUACUUUAACUGUUAAUCGCUAAACCGUCUUCUGGUGUGUCAUAUUAUUGAGGCCAGACCAAUUUUUUCCGUUUUUUUAGUUUUCCCUUAUGUUUAUGAAAGUACAUAGAAAUAAAAAAUGUGGUUUGAUUGAAAUCACCUUAUUUUAACCCUGCUGGUUAAUAUUUAAAGUUACUGUUGAUCAUUCUUGUACGACAAGUACCUUAUAAUUUACAGACAUAUCCUCAUAAAUAUUCUGAAUUCUGAUGUUCUUAAUGGAACCUUUUCAAAUGUAAUCUCUGUAAUUGUCCUUCAGUGAAUCUAGACAAGUAUGUUUUGGACUCUGGUCAUCUCUGCAUGUUGGACAUAAGGGACUGGUCAGUUUAUUAUAAAAGAUUGGAGGGUGUUGACAAAGACCAAUCCUAUAAUAACUGACCAGUCCCUGAGAUACCAUAUUCGACGUAAUAAGCGCCCACGGCGAUAUUUGCUAAUAUAUUGGCUAGUGAACAAUACCUAUUAGCACCCCUUCUGAUUGAUCAAUAUACACAACACUUAUUUAGUUGCGUAUAAUACGGAUUCGUGUGUUAUAUGCACCCUUAAUUAUGGGCAAUUAAAUUCUGGAAAAAUGUAUCUCUCGUAUAUAAACAUUUCAGGCUGUCAGCAUAAACCACAAAAUUUAUCUUUUAACUGUUUUUUUCCCACCAAAAUAAUAUUCUAAUUAGAGCCCCCUAUUUCUAAUUUUGAGAGCGCCCUGGGCGCUUAUUACAUCGAAUACGGUAAUCAUAAAAUGUUAAAUAGACUUGGUCUGGCCUUAUGACAGUACAAUGUCUGAUACUGCUUAUGUUAAUCUCUGGACAGGGUCACGCACACCACAUAUCUGCUUCUGUAUACCUGUUUUGUUUUUGUUUAAUUACUAUACACUAGAAACUUUCUGAUCAUUUGUAUGAAGAAUUUGUUGAGGUAGGUGUUGCACAAUGCUUUGACACGAUGUAAAUAUUGUUAUGGUUCCCUUAGAGAUCCCCAAUGGGUCUGUUUUUGUGCAGUGACUUCUGUGUAUAUUCUGUACAGUAGAUACAGGGAUUUGUAUAGUAAUGGAGUAGCAUUGUCCAUGUUGUUUAUAUAUAAUGAAUUAAUAAUUAAAUUAUUGGCAAUGUCAUCUCACCUUUCUUUGAAUUUUCCGCACACACCAUUGUUUCAAAAGCAGGGUUGGAAAUUAUUUGUUAUAUUCACCAGUUUGCAAAAACAAUAAGUUACUGAGUUGCCAUCUAUUAGUAAAAGCACUUUUCCCAAGGAAAUGACGCUAGUCUUUCCUGAAUUUUACUACAUGUAGUUUUGGACUAGCGGACUUAUGUUAAUUUCGAACCCUGCUUUAUAGCUUUUAAGUCUUUAAAAACAAAUAAUCAAAAGUAAAUACUUGCAUGAAUUGAUAAGAUUGUAUACUUCUUAAUUACCACGAAGAACAAUAUGUCAUUACUGGUGCAUCUGACUUCCUACAUUUAGAUUUGCAUAAUACAAACAAAAAUCUCAUUUUUCAUGCAGAGGAUAAUUUGGGUGUCACCAGCAUUAAUUAAUGAUAAACCUUGCUGUGCUAAGAUUUGUAAGAUUGAUUCCUCUUAUACCAGUACAGCUGAAGGAGUACAGAAGACAUACAAAUGAUUAUAGUGACACAAGAGUAGCGACAUAUCCUACAUUGUUCAUGGUUUCUGCAGAAUCUUGAUCACUGCCUUCUGAAGAUCUCAAACUACAGAUAAUUCAAUAGGAUUUUGAUGCUCACACAGACUUGAAGCUAUGUUAUCAAGGUUUAACUGAAUACCUAUUGCUGCGAAGAUUCAAGAUUUGUGAAAUUGCCUGAGGCUGUCAAAUUACAAGUAAUAGGUAUAUGGUUUUGGGUUAUAACAGAAACACCUCAUAAUGCUAAAAUCUUAAAAUAAUAACUUAGUAUAUGCCUCAUACAUUGUUUAUUAAGUAUAGUGGUUUGAUUUUGUAUGAUGUAUAUUUGUUAUUUCCUGACUGGAAUUCAAAUUCCCUUCCCAUGUUGCAUCAUUGUACAGUCCAUUUAAAUUUGUUUCAGAUAUCGGAUAAAAGGUUCAUUAUCAUUGCACAGACAUAUUACAUCUACUAGAAUUUAUCAAUUCUUUUAGAACAGUGUCAUGUUUGAAAAUGAAAAACAUUCAACUGAUCUAGAAUACAACUAUCAAUUCUCAGAAAUAGGUAAUUUUACUACUGACAGAAAUGAGAAUGGAUGAUUCGAUUAAAUAUUCAUAUUUAACUGGUUUGAGCUUAUUCCUAACGUAGUUAGUUGGAGCUAACUGUGUAUUGGUGAGAUUUCUAUAUUAGUGUAGGAAUUUGGACUUAUCACAGUGUAUUGGGUAUGACAUUCAGAGAGCUAACUAUCUGCCUCGGUGUGCCUCUGCUUCCAUGUGUCAACAUUGUGCCAGGAAUGCCACUUGUCCAUUUCACUCCUGUUCUCUCAAACUUGCAUAUUGAAAGGUUCAUGGAUAGAUCAUACUUGGGACUUAACGCAAGUUCCAAGUAGGAAUACAAAGCGAUGCAUUAGUGUUUUGUUAGGUUGUUGUUUUAUGCUGCGCUCCGCAAUAUUCCAGCUAUAUGACAGCAGUCUGCAAAUAAUCUUGACCAAACAAUCCAGUGAUUGAAAUCCUGAGCAUGAAUCCAUGCAAUUGGGAUACAAUAACAUGAAUCAACCAUGUCAGAUAGCUUGACUGCCUGAUCCCGUUCCAGGCACAGGCGGAUCCAGAAGGGGUCCUGGUGGUCUGGAGCCCCUCCUGUUUUUGAAAAUCAAAUGUAGUAUGUUGUAGGCAAUAAAAUUAUCUGACAUAGGAGUUUGAUAUUUUGGACUCUUCCCCCCCCCCCCCCCCCCCUCCUUUUUAUAAAUGCUGGUAUGAACCUUGCUCUGGAGUAAGGAUGCACUAGGUUCAGUCAUUGAGGACAUCCCUUUAUGUUUGUGGUUGUGGGUUGGUAUUCCACAUCCAGGGAUCUCAGGCUGACACUCCAUGAUUUAGCUGUUCAAGCUCACUCACACUUUGGAGUCCAAGCACAGUUGCUAGAUUAUCAUAGAUGUCUUGUCAAGUCCUUCUACAAUUGAUCUGGUUCCAGUAAUCCUAACAAUCUCCAGUCAACUGGAGAACCACUGGUGGCCAAGUCAUCUUAGGUACCACAAUUCACCAGAGGCAAUUUGCCCAAACCUAUCAUCUUUGAUUCAGAUCUUGGUUCACCCCGAUUAUGUUUGCAGGUUUGUAAGCACCAUAACCAUGCUCGUGAGUUUCAGCAAAGUGGGAAACACCUGAGACCUACCUCACUUCAGGCUUGCCACCUACAUCAAACUGACAUGUCAUGAUAUAACUGGAAUACUGUUCAACUCGGUGUGAAACCCAACUCACUCACUUUCUCCAGUCAUGGUCAGUGACUAGUUCUUCAGCAUCUUUGAGGCAACAGGAGUCCCUGUCCCUGUGUGACACAUGUAUGUCUUCCUUGUAUUCUGUGGGUAUUUCUCUCGACACACCAUUCUCACUGUGAAUAUCUUUGUCUGCAAGUCAUCAUUGUCAGUUUCUGUAUCUGUCAAUGUUAGAAAUAUGUAAAUAAAUGUCACUAAAUGUA